AAUUUAAUCACAAUGGAUUUAGUGGACAAUAUUAGUGGAUCUAAUAUUAUUCUGAGCAGAAUUUGGAGUCUAGCACUUUUCUAAAUUGCGCCUUUAAUAAAAAAAUAACGAAUAAGUUGAAAAUAUAACAAGAAAAAUAAUAGAUUCUCAAAGUUAUUGAGCUUAGUUAAAUUUUACGAUGAUUAGAUUGUACAAAUGUGUACUUUAAACAUUUAUUUAAAUAUAAUUUAUUUUCUAAUUAUAUUAAAAUAAAUCAUAUUUAAUAGUAAAACACGUUUACAAAAUUAUUAAAAAGAAGAGUAAAAUUAUAGAAUAUCAUAAAAAUUUAUAAGUUCACUUUAAAAUAAUUCUAAAGGGUUAAAAUGUUUUCAAAAAAAAUCAUUUUUUUAUGGAUGUGUAAUUUGAUUAAGCUGAUAUUGUCAAAUGAGGAAAUAACAUAUUUAACAAGUGUUAAGAUGGAUAAUAAAACAAAAAUGGACUAUUAUGGAGUCAAAUUAAAUUUUAAAUUUAACUUCAAUCCAGUUGAUGAAGAAUGGAAAAAAAACAAAUGUGAAAGUUUGGGAUUUACGUUUACAAAACAUAAGCAAUUUGUGUUAGGUUAUUUUCAAAAGUACAAAUAUUAUGAUUUAUACAAAGUAUUGUCUGACCUUAUAUGUGGAGAUACAACAUUUAGUAUAACACUACAAAAAAACAUUUGUACAAGCAUAAAAACAAAUGAUGACAUUAAAAAACUUUUUCGUGAUGAAGAAUCUUUUAAUGAUUAUUUAAAUCAAUAUAUAACAUUUUUAAAUCCAGUCUCACUACAUUAUAAUGAUGCUGCUAAAGAAUGUCCAAUUUGUUUUGAAGAACCUGAUUUACUUGUUAUAUUGAAUGAGUGUCAUCACUGUUUAUGUAAAAAAUGUGCUGAUACACUACUAAUUAGAAAUGAAAAUAAUUGUCCACUUUGUAGAGAAUAUUUUAGCUAUUACGUAGACAAAGUUGAAGGUAAUGUAAUUAGUUCGUGUAGCGUGGUAGAAUAUUUUGCUGCAGCAUAUUACCUAGAUGUGUGCAUAUUUUAUUAUUAUAAUGAAAAUGAAUGGCUGUUUUUUGACAAAAACGGGCUCAAUUACUCUGAAAAAGAUAUGGACAGCAAAAAGUGUAUUUAUCUCUUCCAAAAUAACUAUAAUAGAACUAUUGGAGUUGUCGUUAAAACCGAAGAACUAUCUAAUUUUAGAGAUUAUUUAUAUUAAAAAAGUUUUUAUAGAAGAUAAAUGUUAUACAAAUAAUAAUAUUAAAAAAAAUGUAUAGCUUAUUAAGUAACA